AUGUUACAGUUAGUUACAGGUGUGAAAAUUCGUUGGUUCUGUUAUGAAGAAAUUAUGUUAGGGUUUGUGUUAGAGAUGCUUUACAAGAUAUAUAGCCAAGUUAUUGGGGAACAUAAAAAGAGUGCAGAGACAACCCUUGCGGAACAUGAUGUUACACUAAGCAAUGUUGCAUACAGACUGAAUAUCAGACCUUUGCUAAGGCUAGCUUGCAGCUUUAUUUUUUGUUCAUCUUCAGGUUUCACUGAUAUGCUUGUUCAGCACAUACCUGAUGAUAAGGAUGAUAUGAAUGUAAAAAAGUAA